AUGGCUCGAAACGGCGACGGGAAGAAGCAGCCGCCCUCUGUGGCCACCAACCUCAUGGGUAGGUCACGUCAAUUCGCCCCAAUGGCCCUCCUGAACCGUCAUGUGGCACAUGGCGACUCCGUUGGCCUUGCCGGAGGUGGUGCUGGUAUGAUGGAGGCUCUCGCCUGCCAUCCUUUAGACACAAUUAAGGUCCGCAUGCAGCUGUCCAGGCGUGCGCGACAGCCCGGCGCUCCCAAGCGCGGCUUCAUCAAGACUGGUGCCGAGAUCGUCCGCAAGGAGACUGCCCUGGGUCUGUACAAGGGUCUGGGUGCCGUCUUGACCGGUAUUGUCCCCAAGAUGGCCAUCCGAUUCACCUCAUUCGAGUGGUACAAGCAGCUGCUCGCCAACAAGGAGACCGGGCUCGUCUCCGGAAAGGCCACCUUCUUCGCCGGUCUCGCCGCCGGUGUCACCGAGGCCGUCGCCGUCGUCACCCCCAUGGAGGUCAUCAAGAUCCGCCUCCAGGCGCAGCACCACUCCAUGGCCGACCCCCUCGACAUCCCCAAGUACCGCAACGCCGCCCACGCCCUGUACACCGUCGUGAAGGAGGAGGGAUUCGGCGCCCUGUACCGCGGAGUCAGCCUGACUGCCCUGCGCCAGGGCUCCAACCAGGCCGUCAACUUCACCGCCUACAGCUACUUCAAGGAGUGGCUCAAGGUGUGGCAGCCGCAGUACGAGAGCACCAACCUGCCCAGCUGGCAAACCACCUUCAUCGGUCUUGUUAGCGGUGCCAUGGGCCCCCUGAGCAACGCCCCCAUCGACACCAUCAAGACCCGCCUCCAGAAGACCCCCGCCGAGCCUGGUACCAGCGCCUGGACUCGCAUCACCCGAAUUGCCGCCGACAUGUUCAAGCAAGAAGGAUUCCACGCCUUCUACAAGGGCAUCACCCCCCGUAUCAUGCGUGUCGCCCCCGGCCAGGCCGUCACCUUCACCGUUUACGAAUUCCUGAAGGACAAGCUAGAAAAGAGCAAGGUUGCUGUGCCAGGAGGCAAGUACGAGGAGUAG